AUGGCUUCUCGGCUGGAUACACAUGCUUUCAAUAUCUCCCCAAUAGAGAAUAGGAGAUUGUGCAUAAAUGGAACACCAUGGAUUUGGCAUCUCCUGGAAGAAUGUGUCGAGAACGCGUGGGAGUACUGGAGCGUUGUCACAGGACUGAUUUCCAUUGUCUGUUUUCUGUUUGCUGCACUACCUCAAAUUUACGUUGCGUGUCAGAACGGAAGAGUGGAUCAAGCACUGUCUUUGGGCUUUCUGCUGUGUUGGAUAGCUGGAGAUCUUACAAAUUUCAUAGGCUGCUAUUUAACAAAUCAACUGCCAAUUCAGAUUGUCACUGCCAUUUUUUAUGUUAACAUGGAUAUAAUUAUGAUCUCACAAUUUGUCUACUAUAAGCUCAAGAAUCAGAAGAUGACAAAAUGCAGCAAAAGCCUGAAGAAUUUCUGUGUAACCUGGGUCGUGGUGUGUAUAGUGCUGUGUGUUAUUUUACCCAGUCAGCUGUUACUAAGAAACCAAGACCAGGGUACAGGAAUCGAAGGAAGUAAUAACUCUCUUGAUAUGAUUGAAAUGUCAGGCUUCAUUUGUGGCUAUAUAUCCUGUGUAUUUUACUUGGGAAGUAGGUUUCCUCAGCUGUAUAAAAAUUUCCAAAGAAGAUCAACAGAAGGCACCUCUUACCUGCUGUUUGCAUUAGCCAUGCUGGGAAACUGUACGUAUGGACUGAGCCUUGUUUUAAAGAUGCCAGCGACUGAAUCUCUCCAGGCCCUGUACUUUUUACACCAUCUUCCAUGGCUUAUUGGGAGCUUUGGAGUUUUGUUUCUGGACAUUUUUGUGACUGUGCAGUUCAUCCUGUACCGUCAGCACAGGGAAAGACAAUCCGGAUCAGUGGCACUGGAAGUGGAACCGUUGCUGGUGAACGAGGAAGCUGCCUAG